UUAUAUCGAGGCCUAUAAUAUUGCGCGGGAAAAGGUUUAGUUAAAAUGGCGACUUUUCGUGGGAGGACAAAAAGAGCAAAGCUUGAAGUCAGAGGCGAACAUGGCAUUGUUAAUGUUGCCGAACGGUAUCGGCAUUGUUUGCAAAUUUAUAAUAAACCACCUACAGAGGAACUUUCCCUUGAGGAAUUCGAACAGUUUGCAGUUGAACGGCUGAAAGUUCUCAGAGAGAUUGAAAACUUUGGUAUUCGCUUUAAAAGAGACAGUGAUGAAUAUAACAAAAGAAUGAAAGAUCUUUUGAAAGGUUUUCUCCCUGCCGAUUUCUUGGAAGGAAGUGAGAAACGACUUUUGCAUGAAUCAGGAGAUUAUUCUGAUGCAAAAAGAAAAGGCAAAGAAGAAGAAAGGCUACAAAACAGGAGAAAAGAUCACAUCUCACACUUUAUACUGAGGCUUGCCUUUUCAAGAACGGAAGAUUUACGAAGAUGGUUUCUAAAUCAAGAAAUAGAGCUGUUCAGAUAUCGCUUUCAGCAAGAGCCAUCAGAUGAAGUUGAUAGAUUUCUGCAGAUGAAUAAUUUGCAUUACCAAACAAUUUCAGAAGAAGAAAAGAGGGAGAAUUGUGAACAACUCAGAGACUCAGGAUUUGACCUUUCUAACGAAAAAGUCAUGAAUACUGAUUACUAUAAGGUCUAUUUCACAGAAGCAAUUGACCUCAUAAAGGGAAGGAAGGUUUACCUAGCCAAGGGAUUUGCAUACAUACCAAGAGGGGAGUUAGUCUCCAUCAUUUUGAAUGAAUACCGAAGUCAGCUUUCAAAAGCUCUUGUUAUAACUAGCCGACAGCUGCCGUAUUUACAAGAAAAUGAAAGACUGCUGCCAAUGUUAAAAAAUCUAAGCACUGCAUAUAUUGGCGAUUCCUACACAACACGCAAUCCUACAAAUGGUGAUAAAGUCACGCUGGAUCAACUUGAUUCGCUUGCCAAGAUUUCAUACCCAUUAUGCAUGCGACAACUGCAUGAAACUUUGAGGCAGCAGCAUCAUCUAAGGCACUUUGCAAGAUUGCAGUUCGGAUUGUUCCUGAAGGGCAUUGGUUUAACUCUGGAAGAAGCGUUAAUAUUUUGGCGGACAGAGUUUACAAAAGUGAUGGAUGUUGAUAAGUUUGAUAAACAGUACGCGUACAAUAUACGUCACAGUUUUGGAAAAGAAGGAAAACGAGCUUCAUAUACCCCUUACAGCUGUAUGAAAGUCAUCACUGGUAAUCAGCCGGGACCUGGUGACUCUCACGGUUGCCCUUUCAAACAUAGCGAUCCUGAGAUUUUAGCGAAAAAGUUACAAAUGUACAAAGUAUCCAAAGAUGGUAUUGAUGAGAUUAUAAAUUUGGUUAAGGGACAGCACUAUCAAGUUGCGUGCGUGAAAUACUUCGAGAUUUCUCAUAAGGUUUCAGAGGGAUCGCAUAUGAGCAUCAACCAUCCAAAUGGUUACUUUGACGAAAGUGUCAAGGUCUUGAAAAAUAUCAAAACUGGAGAGAAAAAUGAAAUUCAGACAAGGGCUACCCCUUCCUACACAGUUCAACGAGAGUGGACAGCAAACGGACAGAGUAAACCAACGCCAACGCAAGUAAAACCUGAGCCAACAACGAUUGAUGAUGAUGCGGACUUGUUGAAUGAUGAUUUUGAUAUGGAAGGUCUCGAUGACAUGUGA